CAAUCAAACGCGAGCAUCACGUUUGCUCUCCUCCACCUUUCAAUCUUCCAUUUGAUCCAUCUUUGUCAAUUUCCCUCUCUCCAACGCCCGCUGCAGAUUGAGUCCUGGAAGUGAUAUACCGUAUCGCUCCUAUCUUAUCGGAUCUUGUAUUUUUCCAGCAGAUUUCCUACCCGCAGCUCACUUGACCAGCCGCGGGAAGCUAUCGGUGCCCGCUCAAGCUUUCACUUUGCGACUUGGUGCUGUUGAACGGACACGGACUACUAAAUCCACAACCCUCCUAUACAACAUGGCGGCAGAAGAACACAAGAUCGAGGAUGAGCAUGUGGAGCAACCCGAGGAAGCUGGUGACGACGAGGAGGAAAUCGCCGCGAUGAAGAAGCGGGUCGCCGAGAUGGAAUCCGAAGCCGCCAAGCUGCGCGAGAUGCAAGCCACGCUCGACCAGCAGUCGGAGAAUCUACGCGAGGACAAAGAGGAGAUCGACGCUCGGAGUAUCUUCGUCGGCAAUGUGGACUACGGUGCUUCCCCCGAGGAAAUUCAGGCACACUUCCAGAGCUGUGGCUCGAUAAAUCGGGUCACCAUCCUUUUGGAUAAGUUCACCGGACAACCUAAGGGGUAUGCCUAUGUUGAGUUUGCAGAGCCUAGUCUGGUAGCCCAGGCCCUUGUGUUGAAUGAGAGUGUCUUCCGCGGCCGAAACCUGAAGGUCGUCCCCAAGCGCACCAAUCUGCCAGGCAUGACCCGGGGACGUGGACGGGGUGGCUUCCGUGGCGGUCGGGGUUAUCGCGGAGGCUUCGCGCCUCGGGGAGGUUAUCGCGGUGGCUACCGUGGCCGGGGUCGGGGCUAUGCUCCUUACUAGAGAGUUGUGAUGCGCAACUCCAGUAUACACGGGGUAGUGUUUGUUUUGCGCAAGGAAGGGUCUCUAAGAGGUCACCGCACGCAACCCCAGCGCUAGGAAGGCAUCCGAGCUGACCAUGAUGAUCGCUCCGCGGCACGCGUACGCGUCUCUGAACGAGGAGGGGGAAACCACAUUUUUUCAAAUUGUCUUUGGAGUCGAUUUACUGGAACGUACUUUUGUAUGAUAACCAUUCUGGCAAUCUCGGACUGGGUCAGAUAGGCGGAACACCUGUGAUAUCAUUAAACUACAGAGAAUAGCUUUACGGGCAGAAAUUGCCCGCCAAGACUCCCUUCAGAGGACAAUCAUGACCCAUGAGAACAUGCUUGACAGAAAAUCAUGCAGCACAC